AUGUCCGCCGCCACAGAAACCGUUGUCGAGAUGGAUGCGGCUACAUCCAUGCCUGCCCGGCUCGAGGGAUACACCGGGUUUUACGGCGACCCGUUUCUAACUCUUCAAGACUACGAGGUCAAGAGAAAGCCAGCCAAUACAGCAAAAGGGAAAGAGAAGGCACUGCCUCCUGUUCCUGCUACCAACUCGGAAUCCGAGUUAGCAAUCAUCGAUUCAUACGAUGAAGUGGAUGACGUCGAUUUGGAAAAGUACAAACCCCCAGCUGCCCUCAAAACAGCCCCAAAUAUCACCGACGGGAUCCUCCUUGAAGUCUUGCAGACCUCCAUAGAGAACGUCGAAGCUAGGAUUGCCGAGAAAAACAGGAGACGACAGCUAGAGGAGACGAGCAGACAAGAAGAAGAAGAGGCAGCUAGGGAAGAUAGGAGAAAAGAGCCAUAUCUACCCAUCAUUAUGGUACCGGACGAACCCGAGCCUUCAAAAGAAGAGGUCGAUCAAAAUGACAAACACCUCAAGCUGCUCCCAGAUCUUCCUGGGAAUGGCGAGGGCAGCUCAGGUGGCGGGUUGAUUGUCUUCCCAAUCAAGCCCAAGAAGAGGAGCCGGUUCACUCUCACAAGGAUGCUACAGAAGAUUACUGAAAAGGAGGCACCACUUUCGACAAGGAACCCAUUCAAGUUUGGGGGAAACUCGAGCAGUAAUAGCCUCGGGUCUUCUGACGAAAACAAGACUAAAAAAAGCCCUGUCGUCGAGUGCGUUUCAUGUCUAGAUGACUUCGACCCUAAAGAUGUAAUAAAAGUUACCUGCCACAGCUACUGCCGUGACUGUUUCGAGCGUCUCAUCGCAGCCGCCGUACAGAACGAGCAGCAGUGGCCUCCCAAAUGCUGUCUCAACGAGAUACCCUUCCGGACUGUCCACCGUUACGUCUCCAAAGACCUGGGAAAGACAUACAAAGACCGCUCCGCCGAGUGGAAGAUACCCGUCAGCGACCGCAUGUAUUGCAACCAGCCCGAGUGCAGCCUCUGGAUCAAGCCGGACCAUAUCAACAACGGUCUGCGGAUCGCCAGAUGCUCCAACGGCCACUGGACCUGCACCAUCUGCCGCGGUCCGCAGCACGAGAACUCAGACUGCCCACUGGACCGCGAUAUGGCGUUGACGAAUGCCCUGGCUGAGGAGGAGGGCUGGCAGCACUGCGCCAAGUGUCAGGCCCUUGUCGAGCAUCGUGAGGCGUGCCAGCAUAUGACCUGCCGCUGCGGACAUCAGUUUUGCUAUGUUUGCGGCGUGAAGUGGAGGGGCUGCGCAUGCACCAUGGACCAGCUGAACGAGGUCAAGGCUGGCGCGGCAGCGAGGAGGGCGCGGAGGAUAGAACGCGAGACUGAGGCCGACGCCGAGCUUCGCGAUGCUCUGCGACAAAUUGAGGAGUUUGAGCGGGAGGAGGCGUUGAAGGCGGAACUGCUAAGGCAGGAGAUGGAAAGACUCGAGGAGGAACGCAGGCAGCGUGAGCUCGAGGAGAGGGUGCGUUUGGAGAGCCUGCGCAGACAUGAAAUCGAGACCAAGUAUCAGGAGCUGCGAGAGAUGCUCGAGGGGCUGCACGAUGUUCAGGAGGUGAUGGUGAGGUACCAGCAUGACAAGGAGCUGCAGAUAUCUGCCCGCGAGGCGUCUACGGCUACGGAUGAGCUCCUGGAGAAGCAGCGAGCGGAACUCGCCACCCUCGCUGAAGUCGCCACGCAAAAGCUUGCUGUUAAAGAACAGGCUCUCGCCAGCGAGUACAACUGCCGCGUACUAGAGGAGAAGACGACGGAGGAGGUCUACCUGCGGGACUUGGAGAAUUUUUACGCAGGUCAACCUUCAAGCGAAGAACGCAUCAAGGAACUGAUGCAUGACUUGCGCAAGAAGAUGGAUAAAGGAUGGCGGGCUUGGACCAAGUGGCGCAACGACGAAUUCGAUCGGUAUAAACUCAAGAUCGAAGAGGAGCGGACCAUUCGUGAGGAGGUCAUGUACAGCAUCAAGCAGAGACAUGAGGAAAGCCUGGCGGAGAGCAAGAAGCAGAACGUCAGGAGGCAGGCUGCCGAGUCGCGCUGGGUGACGCUCGUGUUCGCAGAGAGGACGCGGGUGCUGGGCGACAUGGAGGGUGCGGAGUUGGAAGCCGGGUCGCGCUGGGUUGAGGAGUUGGAGGCUGGGGAGUUGGGGGAUGGAGCUGAAAGCUGGUACACCGAGGAGGAAGAGGCUCUGGAGGAGAACCCAGUCGGUAUUGCUAGUUGA